AUGUCUGAACACCUCUCAUCCGAUACCACUGCGUACUCAGAACAUGCUACGCCUCCCUCCUCGGACUCGGACUCUGGCACAGCGCCCGGCACGCCUCCGAGUUCCACGAACACGUCAUGGCCUGCAACAAGCGACACUUCUCUCGAUGCGUACGAUAUACCAUUACAGUUCUGGGCUCGGAUGAAGGAGAACGGUGGAACGACCGAACCCAUCGAUGCGCUGCACGGGUAUUUCAACGACAUCUGGCACUUGUGGAAGGAGUGGGUAGAUAAAGGCCGACGUGGAUUCGUUACAAAGCAUAUGAUCGGGAUGAAUUCGGAUUCAUACCGGCUCCUACUGGACGUGCUGGAACAGGCGUGGCAGUGGGAGCUAGAAGGGGGAGUUUAUGGGCGUUGGGUAGCGUUCUUGCGCUGCAUGAGAGCAGACCUCUUCGUCCAGGCCAACGAGGUCGUGGCCAUUGCACCGACCUUCGACGAGGACUUCUCGCCGGUUGUAUCUGCAAAGAGAGUGAUCACCAACUCCGAUGUCCAGUUUCGCCUCAACUAUGCGUCAAUCACGCUCGACAUCGGCCACGAAGGUGAGCCGGAAUACGAGCCCAACAACUCGGACAUCUUCAUGUGCUUGGUGACCCAGUCACGCGAGGAGUUUCUCUACCAGACACGCAAGAUUGCUCUGGCCUUGACUCGAUCCCUUGUAGGGUUCUUCAUCGUGCUGGUCGCCGGGCUUCCCAGCCAACAGCCUGACCCUGACGUCAGCUUCAAGACCAGUGUCUUGCAGGAGACAAUGUCUGGCCUAGCGUUGAGGUUCAAGACGCGUGUUCGUGAUGGCUCGAAUUUCGAUCACUGGCAAGAGGACUAUCAUUUCAUGCGCUUGCUGGAGGCUAAUGGAAUGCCUCUCACCUCACCUCCUGAGGCCUACCUCCGCUUUCGAGCCUGUGUCAAGUCGAUCAUCAGAGAUAUCGUUCCCUCAACAGUACCCCGCGCGCCAUGGCUGGUCUGCUACACGAUCGAUUCAACAAAAUCCGCGUUCGCGACAUCACUGGGGCCAUCGAUAUCUCUGCGAUGGCACCAUAACCAGUCUGUCGACGGGUGCAUGUACGUGGGCUGCGUAAUUGGGGGCGCUCGACUCUACAGGUGGGAACAAUGCUUGGUCGCGGUGGGUCGGCACCUAUCUGGGGAUAUCGUCGCCGACCUCCUACCCGCCGACGGCAUCGUCGUAUCGGUGGAAACCAACAAGAUCGAGGCCGAUGAUAGCGCCAUGGUCCUCUCAGACGCUGCGUGGCCAUCCAGGUAG